AUGCCAAACAUCUACCAAGCUUACAUGAACCCAAGUUAUGUGGUUUACGGGGCUUGCACGAGGGGUUGUGAUGUGGAUGGUUAUAAAGUUCCACAAGGCCCACAGAAGCUCUUAGAUAAUGGAGACUUUGGGGCUACUUGGGAGCAUAGCCCCAAAGUCAAAGCCCAUUACUUAAAGUUCUCCAAUGUGAGUGUACAAAUGAGAUAUUCUUCAAUCACUCCCUAUUAUCCACUGGCAACAAGCCAAUUCUGA